CAAACUCUUAGCCCCCGCCUCCCCGAAACCAAAACACAACAAGCUCUGGAGGAGCCGCGGCGGGGCGGGCGGACUCGCGCCGGCACAGAGCCUCGGGAGGCUGAUGCAACUUUCCCUUUAAGAAAGCCACCUGGGCGCACCGCGGUGCGGACCCAGCACGCCUGGGCUGGGGGCUGCAGCAUGCUCUUGAGGUCCGUGGUCUAAAAGGUGCUGGAAGCAGAACUUGUAAGUGUGAUCUGGUCUUCAGAGACCCCAAACCACUGCCACCAUGGUAGGAAAAGGUGCCAAAGGGAUGUUGGCCAGAGUGACUGCUGUCCUUGAAGAUGUCUCUUUCAAGCUGAGGGUCAGCGUUACACUGCUGCUUCUCAGAGGCCAUGUUGCUUCUUCCCUGAUCCAGAAUGGUGCUGUGCCCAGCGAGGCCACCAAGAGGGACCCGAACCUCACACGGGGAAACUGGGGCAACCAGAUCGAGUUUGUACUGACGAGCGUGGGCUAUGCCGUGGGCCUGGGCAAUGUCUGGCGCUUCCCAUACCUCUGCUAUCGCAACGGGGGAGGCGCCUUCAUGUUCCCCUACUUCAUCAUGCUGAUAUUCUGCGGGAUUCCUCUCUUCUUCAUGGAGCUCUCCUUUGGCCAGUUUGCAAGCCAGGGCUGCCUGGGGGUAUGGAGGAUCAGCCCAAUGUUCAAAGGCGUGGGCUAUGGCAUGAUGGUGGUAUCCACGUAUAUUGGCAUCUACUACAAUGUGAUCAUCUGCAUCGCCUUCUACUACUUCUUCUCCUCCAUGACACACGUGCUGCCCUGGGCCUACUGCAAUAACCCUUGGAACACGCCCGACUGUGCUGGUGUACUGGACACCUCCAACCUCACCAAUGGCUCCUGGCCUGCUGCCCUGCCCAGCAACCUAUCCCACCCACUCAACCACACCCUGCAGAGGACCAGCCCCAGUGAGGAGUACUGGAGGCUCUAUGUACUGAAGCUGUCAGACGACAUCGGGAACUUUGGGGAGGUGCGGCUGCCCCUCCUCGGCUGCCUUGGUGUCUCCUGGGUGGUCGUCUUUCUCUGCCUCAUCCGAGGGGUCAAGUCUUCAGGGAAAGUGGUGUACUUCACGGCCACUUUCCCCUAUGUGGUGCUGACCAUCCUGUUUGUGCGUGGAGUGACCCUGGAAGGAGCCUUCACGGGUAUCAUGUACUACCUGACCCCACAGUGGGACAAGAUCCUGGAGGCCAAGGUAUGGGGAGAUGCUGCCUCCCAGAUCUUCUACUCACUGGGCUGUGCGUGGGGCGGGCUCAUCACCAUGGCUUCCUACAACAAGUUCCACAACAACUGUUACCGGGACAGUAUCAUCAUCAGCAUCACCAACUGUGCCACCAGCGUCUAUGCUGGCUUCGUCAUUUUCUCCAUUCUUGGCUUCAUGGCCAAUCACCUGGGUGUGGAUGUGUCCCGUGUGGCAGAUCACGGCCCUGGCCUGGCCUUUGUGGCUUACCCUGAGGCCCUCACACUGUUGCCCAUUUCCCCACUGUGGUCCCUGCUCUUCUUCUUCAUGCUCAUCUUGCUGGGGCUGGGCACUCAGUUCUGCCUCCUAGAGACACUGGUCACAGCCAUUGUGGACGAGGUGGGGAAUGAAUGGAUCCUACAGAAAAAGACCUAUGUGACCUUGGGUGUGGCUGUGGCUGGCUUCCUACUGGGCAUCCCCCUCACCAGCCAGGCAGGAAUCUACUGGCUACUGCUGAUGGACAACUACGCAGCCAGCUUUUCCUUGGUCAUCAUCUCCUGCAUCAUGUGUGUGUCCAUCAUGUACAUCUAUGGGCACCGGAACUACUUCCAGGACAUCCAGAUGAUGCUGGGGUUCCCACCACCCCUCUUCUUCCAGAUCUGCUGGCGCUUUGUCUCUCCAGCUAUCAUCUUUUUUAUUCUCAUCUUCACGGUGAUCCAGUACCGGCCAAUCACCUAUAACCACUACCAGUACCCAGGCUGGGCUGUGGCCAUUGGCUUCCUCAUGGCCCUGUCCUCUGUCAUCUGCAUCCCACUCUACGCCCUGUUCCAGCUCUGCCGUACAGAUGGGGACACCCUUCUCCAGCGUUUGAAAAAUGCCACAAAGCCAAGCAGAGACUGGGGCCCUGCCCUUCUGGAGCACCGGACUGGGCGCUAUGCCCCCACCAUAGCCCCCUCUCCUGAAGAUGGGUUUGAGGUCCAGCCGCUUCACCCAGACAAGGCCCAGAUCCCCAUUGUGGGCAGUAACAGCUCUAACCGCCUCCAGGACUCCCGAAUAUGAGCACAGCUGCAGGGGAGUGGCCCCACCCUACCCCGUGCUCCCACCACAGACUGGGGAGGCAGUGGACAGGUGUCACCACCUGCCCCAUCAUGCCCUGGCCAGGAUGGCUGCUGUCCACUUGGCCACCACUGCUAGUGCAGUCAUUUGUGCUUGUGUCCCCAGUGUUUACAUGUCCUUCGGAUGCCAAGGGGGUAGAGAAGCUGUGGGGGGACUGCAGGGGGGCCCAAAGCACUUUGGAGGGAUCUUGGGCCAGGUCCCCAGAGGCCUACCAGCCUUUAUAAUGGCCUGUGAUACCCUCACACUCUGCCCUGAGCUGAGGUUCUGGGCUGGCCCUCCGACCUGUCCUCCCUGGGCCUCCAGCCUUGUGACCAGUGUUCCUGCCCUCAGAACAGACCCCAGCCUCUGCCCAGGCAAAUCUGGAUCUUCCUACCUGGCAGGUUAAAGGGCUGGGGAGCUGCACAGUGUUACCUGUCAGACGUACCACCCAGCCCUGUUUAUCUGUGUAAUUAUUUUUGUAAAGAUUGUAUCUGUGGUUGCUACCCCUGCCCCCAGCCUUGGGUCCAAUCUGUCUUCCAGGCCUGCUUGCACCUCACUCAGCUGCUCCAGGGUCUGUGUCCCUCAUUCCAGCCCUGGAUAUGGGGCCCACCCAGCAGAGGCUGUGACCCAGCAGCCUGCCCAAAGCACUUGUUUCAGGAGGGCAGGGGUGGAGGCUGCUCAGCAGGAGGUGUGAGCUCAGAGCCCUUGGGAAGGAGACCCUGCACGACAGCCCUUUGCCCUCCCUCCACCAGGCUAAAAGCCCAGUCUUCCCAGACGUGUUGCCCUCAUUCAUGUGCCAAAUGGCCCCAGCCCACAUGUUCCAUCCUCCUCUGGAGCCAAAGCUCCUCUCAAGGCCUGCAGUGUCCAUUUGUCCGUCCUCCGUGCCCUCUGUGCAGUGACAGCCCCAGUCAAGCCGUGUCUAAUCCUUUGUAGCAAUAAUGGUGCACUGCCUGCCCCUGCCCAUCGUGCACCACUAGGAUUUUAAAGUCCAUAGAUUUUAAUGAAAUUUCUAUUCCUGUCUC